ACCGGUCGUUUAAUGUAAAUGUCGACGGAGUUGGGUUUAAACGGACACUAACGGCCACAAGAAGGCAGUUAGUCGGUUUGUACACGCGGGGUUUUGAAAACGCACCGCGAGGGCUUCCCGCCGCGCACUCCAGUGAUACAAAACGAACGCUCACUUCACAACGCUUUCAGGAAGUCAGUCAGGUUUUGUUGUAUUGUUGCCACGGAACUUGUGCAGUGGGCUUUAAACUUAGUAAUCAACUACCUUCGGGACAUAGCUCUAUUUUUAAUUAUUAGUUAUAUUUGCCUGUUAGGUAAGCGGAUACCAAGAUGCCACCUAAAAAGCGCCACUCUGGGACGACACAGAGCAAAGAGCUGAAGAGUGCUGAAAGUGUGUCUCCAGACAAGAAGGAGAGUCCAGAGUUAUCUGUGAAAAAACACAGAGACAAGGAUGCCGAGUAUGUCACCUUGUGUAAGAGCCUUCAUGUGACGGACCUGGUGUGUGAUCGUGGCUGGACGCUGUGGAAAACCGUUCAAGAGUCCAUGGAUGAAAUCUCUGACAGUCAGAAAAGGGUGUGGGGGGCUUGUCUGUUUGUGUCGGGGACUGACCUGGACCUGGCCUGUUUCACCUUGACUCAGGUUCUGAAAGCCGUCAAUCUGAAUGUAAAGCAGUUUGUGGCUCUUGUGAGGAAGUUGGACGUGAACCUGGACACCAUCAGCACCAAGGUGAACUCAGCACUGACACGACUGGAGAAGAAGUACGACGUGACGCUGGCUCUCUACCAGCGCUUUGAGAAAACAUGCAAGAAAAUCUUUGCUUUGGUUUCUGAUGGCCAGGGGAGGGAGACCAUUCGGAGCUGCUGGACCAUGUUUCUUCUGGCUAAAGGAAGAGCCCUGCAGAUGGACGAUGACCUGGUGAUAUCAUUCCAGUUGCUGCUUUGUACGCUGGAGUUGUUCAUCAAGCGCUGCCCUCCAGAACUUCUGCAGCCACUUUACAAAUCCGCUAUCAGCAAAGUUCAGAGCCCUCCGACACGAACAUCUCGCCGUAACCAGAGCAAAGCCAAAUCCCGGCCUCCGGAGCCGGAGGUGGAUUUGCAGCUUCUUAAAACUUUGUGCAAAGAGAAUGAAUGCAACGCAGAAGAGGUGAAGAAUGUAUACCAGACCAGUUUCUCCACUUUCCUGGACUCACUGGAUUUUUCAAAAUCUCCAGAUCUUCCUCAGGCCAAUGAACUCAAUCAACAAUACGAAGAGCACUACCUCAAGAGCAGAGAUAUUGACGGACGGCUGUUUUUCGACGGAGAUGAGACGGUUCUCGUGCCUAAAGUCGAGAUAUCACAAGUGGAGAGAACACCAAAGAAAAAUCUGCCAGAUGAUGAUGCUGUUCUCAUCCCUCCACAGACUCCAAUCAGAGCCGCCAUGACAUCCAUCCAGCAGCUGAGGGGGGAUCUCACCUCCAGUGGGGAUCAGCCGUCCACUAACCUGGCUACAUAUUUCAAAAAUUGCACCGUGGACCCGACGCAGGACGUGCUGAAGCGUCUGGAGACGCUGGGACAGGCGUUCAGCCAGAGGUUCGGUCAGGCGGUCGGUCCAGGCUGCGUCAUCCUCGGCUGGCAGAGGUUUAAACUCGGUGUCAGACUGUAUUACAAAGUCAUGGAGGCAAUGCUGAAAUCGGAAGAGAAGCGGCUGUCUGUACAAAAUUUCAGUAAACUCCUCAAUGACUCCACAUUCCACACAUCACUGCUGGCCUGCUCGUUGGAGGUUGUGAUGGCAACAUAUGGAGAAAGCAGUUUCAAGAGCGGAGGGUACAACCAUGGUGGUGGUGGUGGUGACCCAGUUGAAAGAGAUGUGUGUUUCCCCUGGAUACUGGAUGUGGUUAACCUCUCCGCCUUCGACUUCUACAAAGUCAUCGAGAGCUUCAUCAAGGCCGAGCCCACUCUGAGCAAAGAUAUCGUCAAACACCUGGAGACCUGCGAGAACCUCAUCAUGGAGAGGAUUGCAUGGAGGACGGGCUCACCACUGUUUGACCUGCUGAAACAGGAGCAUGAGGGCGGAGCAGCAGAGCAGGUGGAGACCCCGGCUAGUUUCAGCCAACCGCUGCAGCACAACCACACCGCCGCUGACCUAUACUUGUCCCCGAUGCGUCCGGGCCAUCGUGUCCUGCAUCCUGAGUCCCCGGCCACGCCCAGCUCUCAAGCGUCCUCUCAGCCCGCCGGACAGACCCCACGACUCCCCAAGUCCAACUCACUCAGCCUGUUCUAUAAGAAAUUGUACCGUCUGGCCUACACCAGGCUGAAGAUCCUCUGCUCCUACCUGCUGUCCUCUCACCCGGAGCUGGAGCCGAUCAUAUGGACCCUGUUCCAGCACACUCUGCAGCACGAACACGAGCUGAUGAGAGACCGCCACCUGGACCAGUUGAUGAUGUCAGCCAUGUAUGCCAUAUGUAAAGUGAAGAGUGUUGAUCUGCGCUUCAAGACCAUAGUCACAGCCUACAAGAACAUGCCCAACACCAACCAGGAGACCUUUAAGCACGUUUUGAUCACCGAGGGCCACUAUGACUCCAUCAUCGUCUUCUACAACCAAGUGUUCAUGCAGAAGCUGAAAACCAACAUCCUGCAGUAUGCCUCUACCAGGCCACCCACUCUCUCCCCGAUCCCACAAAUACCACGCAGCCCCUACAAGUUCCCCAACUCACCUCUACGUGUGCCCGGGAGCAACAACGUGUACAUCUCUCCUCUGAAAAGUCCACGCAUGUCCCCGGGGAUCAUGACUCCUCGCUCCAGAAUGCUGGUAUCAAUCGGAGAAUCUUUCGGGCUGUCCAAUCGGUUCCAGAAGAUCAACCAGAUGGUGAACAGCGGCGAUCGCUCCUUUAAGAGGACUCUGGAUCUGGGCUCCACUCCGAAGCCUCUGAAGAGGUUGAGGUUCGACAUGGACGGGAUAGACGAGGCUGACGGCAGCAAAUCCGGAGGAGAUUCUACACUGAUACAGAAGCUUGCAGAGAUGAGCUCCACUCGCAGCCGCAUGCAGGAGCAGAAGAUGAAGGAGGACGCAGAAUCGAGGAAGGAGUAACUCUAAAACCUGCUGAACUGACCUGCACUGUUUAUCACAACGUGAACACUAACUUGUUGUUCACACACAAAGUGAAACACAAGUUUCUCUGUACAUUUAGUGUUGGAUUUUAGUUUGUAUUUAACUUUGGAGGAAUAUGUGAAUAUUGAGGACUUUCUCCUCUUUUUUUUUUUGUUGAUGCUUUAACUGAUGAGAGUUUUAACUGAAUAAUGAUUGAUGUCAUUGAAUUUAAUUUGAAUUUUGGACUUGGAGAUUAAGUAUGUUUGGUUUUAAGAGUGUUGUUAAUUUGUGGGUGUUAUUAGAAAUCAGUGUUUUCUCUCAUGGAUGUUCAAGAGUGUUUGUUUAGAUGCAUUUCUGGUUUUCUUGGUAAACAAUUUCAUGUUUUAAUAAUGCAACUUUUCGGGUGUUAAAUAAUGAUGCAAAAAUAAUUAAAUGUCAGCUCCAGAGGGAAGUUUUACUUUUAAAGCAAUAUUUUUUACCUGAGCUUGUCUUUCUCAGAACAUCUUGGAAAAGUUAUGUUAGUGCCAUAAAGAGAACUAUAAAACAAAAGGAAAUAUUAAGGAAAAUUAUAUUGUGUAUAUAAUUUCAACCAAAUUAUUUUCAACCAAAAUUCAUGUACUUUUAUAGGAUUUGGUUGAAGGGUAAUGUUUCUCUUUGUUUCUAGUUUUUUGUAGUAUACAUUAUACACCACAUACAAACACCUCCUCAUGUGUUUCAUCUACAUUUUCUACAUUUAGGUUAAUUAAUGUUAAGUUUUAGAACAAGGAGGGCUCUUCACACCACAUAGAGCAUUAAUAUGUGGACUUCAGACUCCAGAAAGUUAAAUAUUGCUAUGGACAUGUCAAUUACAAGAGUUUUUAAAUUAAAAUGUGUUUAUAUUGUACUUAACUGAAGUAGUCCCUUGAAAAUGUAGUAAAUACUUCUUUUGAAAAUAU